AUGUCUGCCUAUUAAAACAUUAAAGAGAAUUUCUUAUCUAGACCGUUUUAGACCUUGGUUGAGUGUAUAUUUAUGGUGGAAAUAUGUGGAAUAUUAGGCACUAUAAUGAAGAAUAGGUAAUAUCUUAGUAAUGUUCAACAUAGGGAACUUAUGCUUCUUUGUGACUUUCACAUUAGUAGGAGUUAUAGCAUAGAUUGUUGGAGCCUUUAUGACAUAGAACGGUUCAAUCAAUGUACAAUCAAGCUUAAUUAAAUCUGUGCAAAAGCCCAUGUGAACGUUUCUAUGCGAAAGAUGUUAUUCCUUAAACAUCAACAGAGAUCUAAGUAUAUUCUAAGAAUAAUUAGAGUAGAGUUUAAUAUAUCUAUUAAGCGAUGAAUGCAUAAGAAUGCUUUCUCGAUGGAUGCAUCAGCUAUUUAGUGGAUGGAAGAAAAAUUUGAUU